GCUGUGAAUUGUGGGUAUUCUUUCUCUUAUUAACAACUCCCCCCCCCCCGCGCCUUCUCACCGUCGUAACUCUGCACGUCCCGACGACACGUGUUGAGACUCGCCCUGGUUGGAGGUGGCGCGAGUUGCGAUCUGCGGCUUGCAGUUUCCGGACUCUUCUUUCCCCCCGUUUGCGGAGCUUUUGAGGAUGAGGACGGCGAGCGGGCAGCGUUGGCUAGUCUCCGUCCCGUUGCUGCUGCUGCUCCCACCGCCUGGAGUUUGGGGUUUUGUUGCUUCCCUAGACAGCGACUUCACCUUCACGUUACCCGCCGGCCGCAAGGAGUGCUUCUUCCAGUCCAUGAAGAAGGAGGCCACGUUGGAGAUCGAAUUCCAGGUACUAGACGGAGCAGGUUUAGAUGUGGAUUUUCACCUCGUAUCGCCAAAACAUGAAACCAUAGUUUUUGAACAGAGAAAAUCAGACGGUGUCCACACAGUGGAGACAGAGGAAGGUGAUUACAUGUUCUGCUUUGACAACACAUUUAGCACCCUAUCAGAGAAAGUGAUUUUCUUUGAACUGAUCUUAGAUAACAUGGGAGAAGAAGAAGAUGAUUGGGGAAAAUAUGCAACUGGAACAGAGCUUCUAGAUAUGAAGUUAGAAGAUAUUCUGGAAUCUGUUAACAGUGUGAAGGCUCGGCUUGGCAAAAGCAUUCAGAUUCAAAACCUGCUCAAAGCAUUUGAAGCUCGUGAUAGAAAUAUACAAGAAAGCAAUUAUGACAGGGUAAACUUCUGGUCCAUAGUUAACAUGGCAGUAAUGAUUAUAGUGUCAGCUGUUCAGGUGUACUUGUUGAAGAGUCUUUUUGAAGAUAAAAGGAAAACUAGAACUUAACACAAGGGAGUUUCAUUUAAAGCAAUAAAGAAGGGAAUUUGCAAUACAUUUAAGAAAAAAAAGAGAUGGCUAUUACUUCUCAGCUGUUUGGAAUGGAUAAUAACCUUCACAUAGGAAUUUUUUUUAAAUUACGAACAGAGUGGCUUUUCUCUAACGGUGCAUAAUUUGUCUCUGACACCAUUUGUCUUGCACAGAAUACUGGAGCAAUGCCAGAUUUUUAACAUUUGUAAUUAUGUCUACUUUUUGCCUAACUUUUUUUUAAAAAAGUAAAUGAUUUGUUUCAUAACCUUAUAAAGAUGUGUUUUCAGUAUUUUAAUGACCAGUCGAGUAGAAAUGCUGAAAAUAAGUCUACUAUUAGAUAGCUUGUUAAAAUUAAGCUUCUUGUAAUUUGUACUAAGACAUUUUCAAAAUGAAUGAAUAUUUGAAAGGCACUUGUUCCAAACUCCAGCAGUUCACAGACAUUAAUAUUCAAUAGGUGGAAUAAAAUCAAGUCUAUAAAGCAAAGUUGUAUUGGUUCAGUAGUAUCAGCUACUUUGGUCCAAAUUUGGAAGUCAAUAUAGUGAAUCACUUAGUAAUAAUUCAAAAUGAAAACUAUGUAAGAUUAUAUAGUUUUCAUUUUGAAUUAUUGCUAAGAUUGAUUCACUAGAAGAAACUUUUUGUUCAAAUGCCAUACUUAAUUAUGUUUUGAAAACUAACGUUUCUUCUCAAAAUUUUAUGUAGAAUUUUAACUUUGGAGACCCAAUAAAGGAGAAUAUUUGUAAUCAGGAUUGAAAUGGGGGGUCCUUGAAGCUGAGUUUGGUUGUUUUCUUGCAGAUGUUUCAUUACCCAAAUUGGGUAACAUCAGUGCUUACCCCUGAUGUUACCUAGUUUGGAUAAUAAAAUGUUUGCAAAAAAACAAGCAAGGCAAGAGACCAUCGAGAAUCUUCCCUCAUAACUCUGGAGUGCCUGGACAUAACAACCUAUGUUGAGUUAAUAUUCAUAACAUAAUAUUAAUGUGCAUUAGGACUACUAGCAUCCUGGAAGAUGCUGCUGAUUUAAGAGUCACACUCAAUAAAAUUAACACAAGAGUUUACAGAAACAUUUUUCAUUCUGUCAUGAAAGCCUGAAAAAAAAGUGCGUUGCUUUAAAGAACAGAAUGGUAUUGAGAUGUGAAACACUAAAAUCAUUUUUGAGGUGUUCACAGGUUUAAUAUACAUAUUGGAUAUUCAGGAUUCAUUAUUUAGUUUAAUUGGUUGACUUCGGAAGUUUCUGUAUGCAGAUUUAUCAUUUUAACAAUUACAAAUAUGGCUAUCUUUAUCAUUACAAUGUUCUCACUUUAUAAUGCUGUCAAACAUUAUGUACUACUCUUGAAUUCUUUUGAGCAUUGUUAAUGACUUAAAUUGUGGAAGACAGCUUUUCCAUGAACUGGGGGAGGGAUGAUUUCGCGCACAUAUAUCCCGUACAGAUGAAGCUUGCCCAUGGCUUGCGUGGCCCCGUUCCUUAUAGGCCACGGAGUGGUACCUGUCCACAUCCCUGGGGUUAGGGCCACUUGUUGUAGAUUAUGGGUAAAUGAUUAACAAGUGUUCCGUUUUCAUUUCUGGUACAAAUUUGCUCCUGACAAAUUGGGUAUAGAAUACUCCUGUUUUAGCAUGAAAUAUAACAAAAUGAUUCACUGCCAUUUUAAUCAAUUUUAAGAUUUGAGUAGCAGAAUGGAAAUGGAUUUGAUUUCACGAUUCUGUGUAUAUAUGUUUGUGUAUAUUUGUUGUACACAUACAUACACAUGCAUGCAAGGGCAGACAAGAAGUAGCAUUGGAUGAUAUGAAAUGUUGCCUUUUAAAAUUACUCUUCAGUUCAGCUGAAUUGGUUUUCCUAAAGUUCUUUCCCACAUUUGUUGUAGGCCAAAAGUGAGGUGUAUUCUUUUAAAAACACAUCGGAAUGAUUUUUAACUUUGUGAAUUAAAUUAUACCAUUGGGAAGAAUAAUUCUAAAAAAA